AUGACAAUCUACACUUCCCCUCUCCCGCGUUUGACCGUUCCCAAACGGUCUGUCUUCACACACCUCUUCGGCCGGGAGGACCCUUUUGAUCCUUCUUCCACUGCGCUCAUCGAUGGUCUCACAUCUGAAGUCAUCACGCGUGGUCAACUCAGGGCGCAGAUUCUUACCUUCACUUGGGGCAUUCGUCACGAACUCGUCAAUCUGGGUGGAAGGAACUUGAGAAGAGGAGAAACGGCACUAGUCUUCAGCCCUAACUUUUUGCUUUUCCCCGUUAUCUCGCUUGGAUUGAAUGCCGCUGGAGUCAUAGGUGCCUUCGCCAACACAGCGUACACACCACCAGAACUCGCACAUCAACUUGUCAACUCGUGUGCUUCACACGUAUUUGUGCAUCCUUCUCUCCUUCCCGUUGUUGUUGCUACCUACGAUCUGUUGAAAGUCCCUCUGGAUGAAGCAAGAAAGCGAACAAUUGUGAUGAGUUGGAAGAACGAGGAUGUGUUCAAGGGGUGGACAAGUUUUGGGGAUAUUAUGACGCUCGCUAAGGGAAAACAAUCGGCGCCAGAAGACUUCAACGGAGAGAGGGCGAAUGAGACUGCAUUCCUGUUUUACUCGUCCGGAACCACGGGCCUCUCAAAAGGCGUGGAGUGUACGCAUAAUGGUGUGAACACCGUGUUGGAGAUGUGCCGAGCCGGAUUUCGACACUUCUUUCCUGAGCGUGACGUGCUCCUCGCUGUCCUACCCUUUUUCCACGUGUUCGGUGGUGUAGUCAUCUCCUUUGCCCCUCUGUCCAUUGGCGUCCCGCUUGUCAUUCUACCUCGUUUUCAACCGCAAACUUUCCUUUCCACAAUUCAGACAUUCCGUAUCACAGGGAUGUAUCUUGCGCCCCCCGUCUUAUUGUUCAUGAAUAAGCACCCAAUGGUCUCGAAGUACGAUCUCUCAAGCUUAAGGAACAUUCUUCUGGGAGCAGCACCUGUCAGUACGGAGCUCAUCCUCCAGACAAGAGAGAAGUUGAGAGCGAUGGGAGCCAAGCACUUGGAAAUAACUCAGGCGUUCGGGCUGACAGAAACAACUGCCACAACGCACAUCCUCCCUCCCGAGCGUUCAGUUGAGAAAGUGGGCUCCAUUGGCAUUUUACUUCCCAAUCAGGAGGCUCGACUCGUGGGCGAAGAUGGAACUGAUGCCGCAGAGGGCGAGCGCGGUGAACUUUGGAUUCGAGGUGAUAAUAUUAUGAAAGGUUAUCUGUACAAUCCGGAGGCAACAGCAAACUCGAUAACACCUGAUGGUUGGUUCAAGACGGGUGAUAUUGCCACACGCGACAACGAAGGGUUUUACAAAAUCGUUGACCGGAAGAAGGAACUUAUCAAAUACAAAGGAUGGCAAGUGCCACCAGCUGAACUCGAAGCGCUUCUCGUCUCUCAUCCCGAAAUCGCUGACUCCGGCGUGAUCGGCGUACAUUCGGAAGUGGAGGCCACCGAAGUCCCCCGUGCUUACGUUGUACCUCGCGAUACAUCUCUGCUCGGGUCAUUCAACUCCGCCAAGGCGAAGGCCUGGGCAUCCUCCAUUGAUAAAUGGGUUCAGACAAAAGUCGCACAGCAUAAAUUCCUUAGGGGUGGUGUAAUCGUGAGGGAUAGCAUACCGAGAAGCCAAGCCGGUAAGAUUCUGAGGAAGGAGUUGAGGAGUAUUGCCAAUGCGGAGGAUGCGAAGAGGAAGAGGAAGCCGGUGAAUAGGACUGACGCUGCAAGGUUAUGA